AUGUUUGGAACUCGUGCUGCUGUAUUUGCUAUGGCUUCUGCUGCUUCUGGGACUCUCACUCCCUCCCUCACUCAUCCCCUCACUCACUCCCUCACUCGCUGCCUCACUCACACCCUCACUCGCUACACUCUCAGUGUCAUCCUUCGCACUACUGCCUUCGCUGUGACUUCCACUCACACUAUCUUUUCCACUCCCCUCGUUUUCACUAAGGGUCACACUUUCCCCAUCACUCUCGCUCUUACUACGCAUUUCACUCUCACGAUCACUAACAUGCUCACUCUCAUUAUCACUCACACUCCUCCCCACACUCUCAUGCACACUCUCAUGCUCACUCAAAGUCUCCACCACUCUCUCACGCUCACUGCCACUCCUCUCUCUCACGCCACUGCUAUCAGAGCUGCUCCUCAUGCUGUUGGCUUGCUCGCUCGCUCGUUCGAUCCCACUCUGACUCCUACCACCUGCAGCACUGUCAGCAGCGCUGCUUUUGACACUGCCAGUAACACUGCUUGUAGCACUUUCGGUAGCAGUGCCGGUGGCACUGUGCUUGCUCCUCUUCUCACUCCAACUGCCACUAUCACUCUUGCUCAAGCUCCCUCUCUCACCCUCACUCCCUUCCUCACUCGCUUUCUCACUCCCGCCAACACUUGCUGUCUCUACCUCUCUCUCAACCAGAUGGUCACCUUCUUGCUCACUCACACUGCUCCUCCCCGACCGCUUGCUGCCAUCCCUACUCACACUCCCCCUCCUAACCCUCCUCUCACUCCCUUCCAAGCUCAGUCCCUCACUCACACUCUCAGCCACGCUCUCCCUCGCCACACUCUCAUCUCUGCUCCUACUGCUUGGACCGCUGCUGUCGACACUAAAGCUCAGAUCAAUACUGCUCACCCCGCUGCCACUACGCCUACUGCUGACUCCCCCUUGCGGGCUUGGCU